UAAAGGUUCACGCAGACUUGCUGUCUGUGAGAAAUUCCAUUUCCUGUUGUGAAUGACAGUGGGCAGCAUGAAGAACUCUUACUCCAUGCAGGCCAACGGCCAGAAAAGUGGCUCUAAUGAAUCUUUCAGGUUUGUUUCUGAGAAGAGGACAGACAUACAGCACCCGAAGCCUUGUGAUCAGCCAUCCUGCACUCUCAGUGUGAGCAAUGUGUCCUACAAAGUAAGUGAGCGAGUAGGACCCUGGUGGGAUCUCCCAUCCUACAGAAAGAAAUGGACUCGGCAGAUCCUGAAUGAGGUGUCUUUUCAUGUAGACAGUGGACAGAUAAUGGGCAUUUUGGGAAAUUCAGGCUCUGGAAAGACUACACUGUUGGACGCUAUUGCUGGUCGGAUUGGCAACAGUGGGACACUAGUUGGCGAAGUGUUCAUGAAUGGAAGAAAACUCAGACAAGCCCAGUUUCAGCACUGUUUUUCCUAUGUGCUACAGAGUGACAAUCUUCUAAGCUAUCUGACAGUAGAGGAGACUCUCAUGUUCACGGCUCAGCUGGCACUAAGACAGCACUCCACUGGUGCCAUCCGCAGAAAGGUGGCUGCAGUUAUGGCCGAACUGAGUCUAAGCCACGUGGCACAUACUGUGAUAGGAGGCCGAAUCUUUCCAGGUAUCUCUGGAGGAGAGAGGAGAAGGGUGUCUAUCGCUAGCCAGCUACUUCAAGACCCCAAGGUGAUCCUUCUGGAUGAACCAACCACAGGCCUGGACAGCAUGACAGCCAAUCAAAUUGUAGUACUUCUUGCAGAGCUUGCCAAGAGAGACCGGAUAGUUGUAGUAACCAUCCAUCAGCCUCGUUCAGAACUCUUCAGAGUCUUUAGCAGAAUCGCUAUCAUGAGUUGUGGAGAGUUAGUGUUCUGUGGGGAGCCUGGAGAGAUGGUAGAAUUCUUUAGUAGCUGUGGUUAUGAGUGCCCAGAGUACUGCAACCCAUUUGACAUCUAUGUGGACCUGACCUCAGUUGACACACGCAGCAGCGAGAGAGAGGCUGUCACCUACAGACGCAUGCAUGACAUCACCUCAGCAUUUCAAAAUUCAGAGAUCUAUCAGAAAAUUACAUUUAGGAUUCGGCAGAGCUGUAAUCGUCUCAACAAACCAAUGAUCCCAUUCAAGAGUAAAGAGUCCCCCAACUGUAUGUCCAAACUGGGUGUUCUGGUCAGGAGGACAGUACGGAACUUGUCUCGGGACAGGAUGGGUGUUAUCAUGCGCCUCUCUCAAAAUCUCAUCUAUGGGCUUUUUGUGGCCUUCUUUGUUAUGAAACUAGAUAUGGAUGUAACUAAGGGGGCGGUCCAGGACCGAAUUGGUAUUAUCUACCAGUGCAUGGGUGCUUCACCAUACACUGGCAUGCUGAAUGCUGUAGCCCUGUUUCCUGCUCUGAGAGCAAUAGCUGAUCAGGAAAGCAAAGAUGGACUGUACCAGAAAUGGCAGAUGUUCCUCGCCUACAUAAUUCACAUCCUCCCCUUCAGUAUCAUUAGUGUGUUUAUCUUCACCUCCUUUCUUUACUGGACGGUGGGCAUGAACCCAGAUCCCUGGCGGUUCUUGUGUUUUACAGCCGUGAUCAUGGUGCCCCACAUCACUGGUGAGCUCCUGACCUUGGUCCUGUUGGGGGUGGUUCAAGACCCCAACAUGGUCAACAGUGGAAUGGCUUUGCUCAACAUAGCUGGGAUCAUGGUGGGCUCUGGAUUUCUCAGAAGUACUCAGCAGAUGCCAGAGUUGUUCCAAUGGCUUAGUUACCUCACUUUCCAGAAGUACGGCUGUGAGUUACUCAUCGUUACCGAGUUCUAUGGGCUGAACUUUACCUGUAGUACAGCAGGGGUUUUCCCAGGAACAUGCUUGAUAAAGGAUGGCAACCUCAUCAUAGACCAAGGUUACCCAGGAGCCCCCUCACGCUAUACCCUGGACUUUCUUUUGCUUUACGCCUUCCUGCCUGCUCUUGUAGUGCUGGGAGUCAUCAGCUUUAAGAUACGAGACCACCUUGUCAGACGCUAAGCAACUGUGUUUGUGUUCUAAGAAUCAGUUGUCCUGGGUUUUAACUUGUUUGUAUAUACAGUGUGGAUCAUACAUCACUUAUUAUUUUAACAGAUAAAUAAUACAUUCUAGCCACCAAAAAGACACUGGUGCAUUGGUGGUCAUUCACAUAAUUCACAUUUUUCUUUUUAGUUUAUCAUAGACCUGAUCAUCUUUGUUUUUAAAUAAAUUAUUAAACAAUUUUAAGUGUAACUGUAGAUAAUGUAUUUUGAGUAAUAAAAGUAACAAAAAAGUAAA